UGUUAUGAUGGUAUUCCUGAUGAUGGUUAAACAUAAAUACUCCGAGACACUGACCAACACUGACUUGUUUUCGACAUCAACGCACAACAGCUUUUAUCGUCAUACAGUAUUUGUUAUGGCGACGAGCAGUUCAGAUGAGAGCACAGCUCCCAAACAUUUUAUACUGUCUUCAUCUGCGGACAGUGGUAGCCGUCUCGAUUUAUAUAAAUCGAAAUGUCCUUUAUGUUGCAAUUUGAGUAACAUGUUUUACUGUAGAGAAUGCGUUCGAAAUGGAGUUUUCUUCUCCUCAAAUUCAUACAAUAAUAAUUAUAGCUUUUCCACCAAACAAUUGCAACUUCUCCAGAUGAAGUCAGACAGGAAAGAUUUAAUAACUGAAUACUUGCAAAUAAUUGAAGACAGGCAAAAAUAUGAAGAAUUGAUAUCAGAUGUGAAACUGCGCAGGGAACGUAUUCGUAUUUAUAAAUUGACAUUGGAAGAAAAACGCAAAGAAAAGGAAAUAGAUCUGGCCAGGCUCAAGGAACUGAAGGAUAAGAACAAGAAUCUGGUUAAAUUUUUACCCAAGUAUGCAUAUCAGGUGGAUAAGUUAGAAACAGAUGUUUUAAUAAAGAAGGAGAAAGUUGUACAACAUAAUGACAACUUUAGCAAGAACCAUAAGCAAUUGAAGAAAAUUAGCAGACAUCGCAUUGAGCAAAUAGUACAAUUCGUUUUUCCCAUCGAGCGAAUCCAGCCUAAAAGCGUUGACACUGAACUAAUUGGUACAGAUGAUGUGGUCUCUGCAAUAACUGAAGCUGUUUACACAACACAUGUGAAUGGGGAUAGGUGGGUGUACACAGAUAACUCCAGUGAGUUGCAAUAUUCCAUUGUAGCCCCAUUGUUACCUGGUUCAGGAAAUUUUGAAGCUUAUAAUAUUUGGGUUACGCAAACGAGAGGCGGAGUACCUGCAAAUUCAACCUCCCAAGAACACCAUCCAGCUUAUAGUAUAAGCGCAGCCCUAACUUAUACUGCGCAAUUAUUAAAUGUGAUCGCAUUCUAUUUAGAUAUACGAUUACCAUAUAAAAUGAUUUAUAGUGAUUUUUGUACAAACGAAAUGGACAGCGCUACAUUUUCUCGCCGGGUUUCUCGCCUCAAUGCUAACGCUCUUCACUUAUGUUACUCGCAGAAUGUGGAUCUAGAUAGUUUAAAUCCGGUUCAAAGUUUGCAUAACAUUUUGCAGCUCAUUGAUGCAAAGACUACAGACCUUGGGAGGUACGGGCCAUUUCAAGUGGAUUGCAGAGUUGCAAAUGCGUUAGAAAAACAGAUUGGUUCGAGUUUACAAACUGGUGAAGACUCUGAUUCUGAGGAAGGUGACAUCUUCCCAUAUGAAUGGGAGGCGGUAAGGCGUUCUAUUAAAGUACCACAUGUGGAAUUACCUGAAGCAUCUCCAGGUCCAAUGAACUCAACUCAAACGUUGAGCACACAACAAGGCCAAAUGAAUAGUAUAGCUGGCGGGCUAUAUACCAGUGCUGCUAGCGGUUUAGCCUCCAUUUGGAGAGGCUUCACUGGCAGAUAGCUUUAUUUGCAAUAUUUUUGACAUACUCCUCGUUAUUAGUCAAUUUUUAUUUUACUAUUACAACUAUAUCUAA